GGAUGCCAGUUGUGUCAAGCUAGGCGAUCGAGUAGGACGCUCCUUAAUCGUUCCAUUUUCAAAUCUUUCCCAACGCCUGCCUGUUCGCUAACUAACAACAUCACCGACACCACCGCCACCACACACCACCACCACUACUAAUACAACAACAACAACAAAAAAAAAAAAAAAAACAAGAAAUUAAAAUUAAUAAAUAAACAUAUACAUACGUACAUAUAUAUAUAUAUAUGUAUUCUCUCGCCACGCGCCACGCAACGGUUUAACCUACAGCAUAACGCAAUCUACGGGAUAAUAACAAAGAUAAUAUUUAUCAUUGGUUAUUCGUUUACUUUACGUUUUUUUUUUUUUUUUUAUCUUCUUCUUGGCACACCGCAUUAAACGAUCUGUCGGAACGGAAGUACGGAGGAGAACGCGGUAAAAGGAGAAAAAUACGAAGAAGAAAUAGAAGAAGAGGAAUAAUCCGAAGACGGGGAGAAGUUGAAAAUCAGCGUGCAACUGAGAAACUGAUAUAUAUAUAUAUAUAUGUAUAUAUAUAUACCCUGUUUGUUGUAUCUGUUAACGUGAAGAAAGGAGACAGGAUCGUUCGCACAACAACCUUUUUUCUUACUUCUAUAGAGAGAAAACGAGAAUAUUUAAAAAAAAAAAAAAUAUAUAUAUAUAUAACAAUAAUCAACAGGUACACUGCACUGGUAAUAAUAACAAUAACAACAAUAAUAAUAUUCGCAGAACAAUAAAAAUAUUAGCAAUAAUAUUGAUAAUAUAAGUAAAAUCAACUAUUCGCAACGCAUUUGCAAGCCGAAAAGAGAAAAGCACAAUAACGUAACGAUCGUCGCGUCGCUUCGCUUUUUUCCAUCUAAUCAGCCCCGUCCCCCUCAGAAAGCAAAAAAAAAAAAAAAAGAAAGAAAGAAAAAUUUUCUCAACCGUAGACAGCAUAUUACUUACUUCUUUGCCUAUUCCCGUAUUAUGUACCGUCGAUUUCCAUCUCUGAAAUACCCGUCUGCAUCUCUGUAACAAGUCGAAAUCUUCGGCGUAAAAAAAAAGGAAAAAAAAAAAAAAAACGAAAAACAACGGGCAAACGUUAAACAAGAAAACACAAAGGAAGAUUAACGAAGAACGAUAAUCGACGAUUCGCCUGUUUAUGUAUAAUAUUUGUAUAUUUGCAAAAUAUAGUGUAAAUUGAAAUUGAUCGGAAUUCGUAAUACCGUUCUAACUGAAAUUCUUAAACAAAAAAAAAUCUGUAAAACCGAGGGAGAAGGGAUUCGAAGUUUUAAACAUUGAAGUUAACGCGUGCGUUUUGUUAUAUGUAUACAAAAGUACGUGUGUAUAUCACACGUCGUGGAUGUAGUCAACGUUAGAAGGGAAGGAAGAGAUUAAAAAAAAAAAACCAAGUAUAUUUAUGUAUCUGGCUAAAGCCAGUCAACAGAAUUGCAACUUAACCGAUUAAUCAAACGAAGGAAAGCAUAUUUACAAAAGGACGUAAGUCACUGGUCUUGCGUCUCUAUCCUCAAUUAGUGACGAGAAUAUUUGUGGUUGUUGUUGUUGUUGUUGUUUUUUUCUUAUUCUAAUCACUCCUCUCGCAACUAUUUUCACGUACGAAUACUCGUUUACACUAACAAAAAAUCGUCCGCUUUCCUGUUUUAGAUUAUUAAACUUGAGAUCGUAACAGCGUAGAAAAAAAAAAAAAAAAAGAAAUAUAGAAAGAAGGAAAGAUAUAGAAAAGUUACAAACACGAAGCACACGACACCCUCGAAGUAUUAUUAGAGUAUAAGGUAGUUGUCGGACAGUUUGACAAUUCUUUGUAUAUGUAUAUAUAUAUGGUAUUGUAUACAUAAAUACGUAUGUAUUUAUAUAUAUACAUGUAUAAACACACACUUGCGCGCACCCAAUCAGCCACACACAUAUUGGUAUAAAAAAUUAAAUUAAUUGUAUAGGUUAAAAUUUAUGUAGGUAAAGAAAAGAAUCGCGUUAAGACAAUCAAGAAAAGUAGUGAAUAAAUUAAAUAACAAAUAUACGGUUAAUAAUUAAUUCGAUAGAGUAAAGGUAUAAAUAAAAUAAGUAGUAUAACCGUUGAAUCUGAAUAACGUAAUGUUAAGCUAGGGAAUAUCUGUCUAUAUUAUUACACGCAUGUGAUCUCCAGCCUACGUAUUACUGUUACUAUUAUACACAUAUAUACGCGAAAUUCUUUAUACAAUUACACGUAUGAACCACUUUUGAUGACCGAAUAGCAUAUCUAGCAAAGUUUAUAUCGAAAGAGGAUAGAAAGAAGGGAAUAGGAAAAAAAGACAGUCAGACAGGAACCUGAUGGUCUAAAGUUAUAUUCUACUCGCACAAUCGUCAUAUCGCUGAAAACUCUUGGCCCACGUUUAUAUGUCAGGCGAGAGAUUUUAACUCUGACAAUCAUUUUCACCUAGUUCUAUUAGACAUACUUUGUACUUUUUAAUAUACACACCCACGUAUAUAAAUAUAGAUAAGUGAAUGAAUGAAGAAUUAAACAAAUCAAUAAAUAUAUAUAUAUACACACAUACAUAUAUAUAUACACAUAUAUACACAUACAUAAAUAUAUCUAUACACGUAUACACAUGUAAAAUUGUAAUAACUAUACCGAGGGUUAAUCGUUAUAUUUCUAUAACACACUAUCGUGCGGUAUCGUCGUACGUAUUAUCGCCCCCGCAAUCAAUCCUACCCGCUUACACAAGCCCCCGUAACUUUUCUCUCUAAAUAAUCAUUCCGCUCUUGUACGUACAUAAAUAAGAAAAACCACAUCCGGUAGGAAAUCUCGUUUAUAAAUCCCGAACGAGUUACGCAUAUUUGUUACGUAGCGUGAAUGUCGUAGUCGUCGCUGUACUCCGUAUACCUACGUCGUUUCAAUUACAUUAGACGAUUAAAAUUAACUUUGUCAAAGACACGCGCGUUCGGAAUUUAGAAAAGCAAAAGGGAAACCCCGAUAGAUAAAUUGCACUCUCGCGUCUGCGUCUCGGACCGAAAUUUCAUUUAGAAACGUAGAUUCUGAAGGUGACGAAAAAUAAAGUACAACAGGGUGGAACCGAAAAUCUGCACAUACAUAUUCGUACGUGUCGGCACGAUCGCAGCUCGUUGUCCCUUCAAAUCGCACUCCGUAGCCGUUAAAUAAAACAACCCGGACAAUCGUAUCUCCAAAGUCCUCGUUGAAAAGCUUAAGAUUAUCAUUGAAUCGGUGAAAAGAUUCAUUCGUACAUCCUAGCAAUAAACAGCGUAAGCUUGUAACUAUCCUUAUCGCAUAAACCUAGGGGGUGGAGGGGGACGAAAAAACUAUCUUUCGACAAAUCAUUCGCACGUAAGAGGUUUAGACCAUAGUUAGAAAAUUCAUCAAAUUCAACCCGACGACACAUAUCCAUCUGUAACGUUGAUCCGUGAAUCGAGUUCCGAAACGAAUUCUGUCUAAAAAAAAAGAAAAAAAAAAAAAAACAAAGCAAAAAAAAAUAAGAAACGACAAAAAACGUUCCCAGCAUCCGAGAAGAAGUACACUAAACAAAAAAAAAAAAAAAAAUACGAAGAAUCAUCCCUGUAUAAUUGACGUUAUUACACAUAUCAUAAUACCACACGUUAUAUUACACGUAUAAAAGAAAUUUAAAAAAAAAAAAAACAAAGAAAGAAAGAAAAAAAUCUCGCCGAAAGUGCAGGUGACGAAUCAAGUGUCGAUAUAAUAACGAUAAUAAUACUAACAACAAGAAUAACAAGAAUAAAGGAAAGGAAUAAAGAAAGAGCGGGAAAGUGAAGGCGGCCAGUGGCGCGUGGUGAUCAGAAUCGAGUGCAAACUGUGGUGCGGUUCGUCGACGGGGAGUUGCGGGGUGAUCCGGCCGGGCCGCGUUGCUCCGGGUUUCGCAGCGUCCCGGCGUUUUCCGGAGGCCGGAACCAAGGCGUUCUCGCAUCGCCCCGAGGGGUACGCGGAAAACGCUAAGAUUGAGCGCGGUGCAAGUCAGACCCGGUUCACCACGUAUUUUCAUUCGUACUCGUUCGUGCCGGGAGGUGCGGUGCCCCUGCCCCCGCCAGGGGUUGCGAGCCAUCUCCUCGGUCAGCAGGGCUGCAACCUCGCCUGCACUUGCACCUGCACCUGCACGGCGAGCGUCGUGUCAGCCGCGACUGCGGCCGUCGCCGUUCCGCACAUACGGGGCCCGAAUUCGGCCACCGCAACGGUCCUCCUGCAGCCGGUCGACCACCUCAAGGACGCAAUGAGAGGAAGCGACGAACUUUUGUCACAAAGCGGAGCCGUCAGUAAUGGUGCGGCAAUGAGCCCUCAACCGCAUCACGCCGCGGACAACAACAAUGACGCUAAGAAGGCCAAGCUCGACAAAAGUCACAAUGGAAAGCCAUCGAGGGUUAUCCAUAUCAGAAACAUCCCAAACGAGGUGACGGAGGCGGAAAUUGUUCACCUUGGUAUACCGUUCGGCAGAGUGACCAACGUCCUGGUAUUGAAAGGAAAAAAUCAGGCCUUUUUGGAGAUGGCCGACGAAGGGGCUGCGGCCACAAUGGUGACGUAUUACGCAUCCUGCGUGGCCCAGCUGAGAGGAAGAGCUGUUUACGUCCAAUUCAGCAAUCAUCGAGAGCUGAAGACGGACCAGACCCACAGCAACGCGGUCAGUAGUCCCACAAACAUCAUCGCCAACCCGUCCAACAACGCUAAUGCUCAGGCCGCACUUCAGGCGGCUCAAGGACAGGGUGCUCAGAGUCAGGGUGGAGAAACUCAGGGUGGACCCAAUACCGUUCUAAGGGUCAUCAUCGAGCACAUGAUCUACCCGAUUUCCCUGGACAUACUUUAUCAGAUAUUCACACGCUUCGGGAAGGUUCUGAAAAUCGUCACCUUUACCAAGAACAGCUCCUUCCAGGCGCUCAUACAGUAUCCGGACAUGGUGGCAGCGCAAACGGCUAAAUUUUCACUCGAUGGCCAGAACAUCUACAACUCAUGCUGCACCCUGAGGAUCGAUUACAGCAAAAUGCAGAGUCUCAACGUCAAGUACAAUAACGAUAAAUCCAGGGACUACACCAACCCUACAUUACCGACUGGUGACGCCAACCUCGAUGCCGCUUCCCUCGCCCUCGGGGGUGAACUUUUGCCACAGCUUCUUCUCGGAGCCGCGGGGACGCAGCCACGCGCAAGAUUGCCAGAUGUGUUUGCAGGAGCCCCGAGCGUCCUCGCCUCCCCGUUCGCCGCCAUGCACGGCUUGGCGUCGCCUCUUACGGGUCCUUACAACGGCGUCGCGGCGGCCGGCGGCCUCGCAGGACUCGGUGGUUUCACCCUCGGCGCCGGAGGGCUUGGCGUUCGAGUUCCCGGCAGCCCUCAGCCAUCGUCGGUUCUUCUCGUCAGCAACCUCAACGAGGAGAUGGUCACGCCUGACGCUCUCUUUACCCUGUUCGGCGUGUAUGGUGAUGUACAACGUGUGAAAAUCCUUUACAACAAGAAAGAUUCCGCACUUAUUCAGCUUGCUGAGCCGCAUCAAGCUCAUUUAGCAAUGACGCAUAUGGAUAAGCUCAGAGUAUUUGGCAAACAAAUCAGGGUGAUGCUCAGUAAACAUCAGGCAGUGCAGCUACCUAAAGAGGGUCAACCCGACGCUGGACUCACUAAAGACUACACCAACAGCCCUUUGCACCGGUUCAAAAAACCCGGUUCAAAAAAUUACCAAAACAUUUACCCACCCAGCUCUACUUUGCAUUUAUCAAACAUUCCAGCAACAGUGUCCGAAGAAGAGAUCAAAGAUGCCUUCACCAAGAAUGGUUUUACAGUAAAGGCUUUCAAAUUCUUCCCAAAGGACAGAAAAAUGGCUCUGAUUCAAAUGGGUAGCAUGGACGAUGCUGUCGUGGCCCUGAUUAAAAUGCACAAUUUCCAACUGAGCGAAUCCAACCACCUCAGGGUGUCGUUUUCGAAGAGUAACAUCUAACAAGAGAGGCUUUCCAGCGAGCCGCAGUGGUUCCAGCCCUACACCCUAGUUCAUUACUGGUACCCAAGUGCUGUAUACGACUGAUUGCUCUGCGGAUCGAUUAGGUAAUCGAUUGAUUAGUCAUCGGUCGUUUCGCCGCAGUGAGUUAUACCAGCAGGAUCCUUUCAAAUUUCGGCCGUGCCGUUGGUCGAAAUAGAAAAUUGCGUAAUUAUCGUUUUCCACGCCCCCAGUAUUGUUCGGGUCAGUUUUAGGGUGAGAUAAGGGCUAGCGAUACUGAAAAUAAUGCCAAGUUCGAGAAUAUCCUUUGAAAUUUCAUAUCCUCUUUUUCAUUAAUCUUACCAAGAUUUGCAUCGAUUCCUUACUUCGCAAUCUGUAUACUGUCUUCUGCUUUGUAUUUUUGGGAAAUACUAGGCGAUAACAGCAACAACAAAAAGAAAAAUAAAUAACCGAAACGAAACAAGAUCAAGUUUCGUCUGGUAUUUGGCAAUGCUUUCGGUAUCGCUAAUUUUGGUAAUGGGCGUCCAGCCCCUCGCUGACAAUCCCAUUCUUGUACAGAGUUAAACAGAUAAGAUAUAUAUACAUAUAAAUAUAUAUAUAUAUAUUUUACAAGCGCGACGCUAUAGCCUAGGAUUUGCCUGGGAUAGAAAAACAAAAACAAAAACGAAAAAAAAAUUAAUAAUAAUAAAUAAAACUUGAAAAAAAAAAAAACAACCAGAAAAACCUACUAAUUAAGAGCUAAGAAUUUUUAA